AUGGCGGACGAGGAGGAGAUCAUCCAUAUCUAUAGCUCCGAUGAGGAAGAAGAAGAAGAAGAGGAAGAAAAUGAAGAAGACGAUACCGAUGACGAGAGUAGUGAAGAGGAGGAGGAAGAAGAUGAAGAUGAAGUCGAUCGGAGUCUGAGUGGGGAUGAUAGCGAACUGAGCGAAGAUGAUUCAACGGAUCCGGAUUCAGAUUGGGAAUCUGAUGACGAAGAUGACGAGGAUGAGGAAGGCGAUGAUGACGAGGAAGACUCUCUUGUGAAUAAAGUCACUCGCCUCCUCAAAGGAUAA